AUGGCGUCAGGUCUCUCAACCACCAUAACAUUCAACCCUCUCCACCGCUCUUUCUCCACCUCCUCCUCCUCAAACUUCCGCUUACACCACCCAAAAUCCUUAACCGGACUCCCUUCCUCUCUCCGAUUUAAAGGCUUCUCGGUCUGCUACGUGGUUGAGCCGCGGAGACAGAGCUCUCCCCUUGAUAACGAUGAGAGACUCGAGAGCACCAACGCGAUAGAUCCCGAACUCUUGGCGUUGCGUUUGGCUGAGAAGUUGGAGAGGAAGAAGUCUGAGAGGUUCACUUAUCUUAUAGCAGCUGUGAUGUCGAGCUUUGGUAUCACUUCCAUGGCCAUUAUGGCUGUUUACUAUAGAUUCUCUUGGCAAAUGGAGGGAGAUGCGAUCCCAAUGUCAGAGAUGUUUGGUACAUUUGCCCUCUCUGUUGGUGCUGCUGUGGGCAUGGAGUUUUGGGCAAGAUGGGCUCAUAAAGCUCUAUGGCACGCUUCUCUUUGGAACAUGCAUGAGUCACAUCACAAACCGAGAGAAGGGCCGUUUGAGUUGAACGAUGUGUUUGCAAUUAUAAACGCUGUUCCUGCGAUUGGUCUCCUCUCUUAUGGUUUCUUCAAUAAAGGACUCGUCCCUGGUCUCUGCUUUGGCGCCGGACUUGGAAUAACGGUGUUUGGGAUCGCCUACAUGUUUGUCCAUGAUGGUUUGGUGCACAAGCGUUUCCCUGUAGGUCCCAUCGCCGACGUCCCUUAUCUCCGGAAGGUCGCCGCCGCUCACCAGCUACAUCACACUGAAAAAUUCGAUGGUGUGCCAUAUGGACUGUUUCUUGGACCAAAGGAGUUGGAAGAAGUUGGAGGAGAUGAAGAGUUAGAGAAGGAGAUUAGUCGGAGAAUCAAAUUAUACAAAAAGGGUUCGGGUUCCGGGUCGAGUUCUUGACUACUUAAAAACAUGUUUUAUAUUCUCUCUUUUUUUUUGGUCUUUUGUCAUGAUCUGAAAAACGGUCGAUGUUUAUAAAUCAUAUAUGCCGUUUUGAUUUUUUUUAAAAUUAUAGAAUUAGGAUAAUUAUGACUUAUUUACCUUAUAAUUCAUUACCUAGA